AACCACUUCCACGCAAAAAAAAGGCAGGCAGAUCACACCGCAUGGUGGCACGCCAUUUUUCCCCCCUAUAUAAAGCACCAAUCUCCUUCCCCGAAUUCGGGCACGGAACACAUCCAUCCCUCGCUCUCUCUCGCGCGCGCGCUCGUGCUCCUUCGUGCUGCUCGCCCCGCCCCCGCCGCCCUGCCCUCCCCACCGUCGUCACCGGCGUGGGGGGAACGACAUGACUACUUCCAGGCGCCUUGCGGACAGGAAGACAGCCAAGUUCCAGAAGAACAUCACGAGGCGGGGUUCCGUGCCGGAAACCGCCGUCAAGAAGGGGAAGGGGAACGGCUACGCUGCCGGCCCCGUAGUGCUCGGCUUCUUCGUCUUCGUCGUCAUUGGGUCAUCGUUGUUCCAGAUCAUCAGGACCGCGACCAGUGGCGGCAUGGCUUGAGAACCCGUCCCCGGUGCAGAGCAGAGAGAUCUGUUUGUCGUUUGUACAUGCAUGCGUCCAGCUAGAAUCGAGUUUAAUUUCGAACUGAACCGUAAUGCAGAACCAUGUAUGUAAAUAAAGUGCUAUUAAAUGGGUAACUGGAUAUAGUGCUAUAUAUAUACAGUGUUGGAAUACAAAUACCUUUUUUUCCCCUUA